ACAUUUACAUUAAAGACGGGGGCGUUGCAGAUGUACAAAAAUGACUCUUUAUGUGAAUGGCAUCCCUAAGAGUACAUGUACCUCAAGGGACAUUGUGAACAUUUUUAGUACAGUUGCCCAGGUGAAAUACGUGAAGAUAGAUCAAGAACAUGGACGCGCACAUGUCGAACUACAUGACAAAACUUCAACAUCUUUUGUGCUCACCAAGAAAUGGAGAAUCAAUGGUUCAGAAUUACAUGUAGCAGAUUCAGAACAAUCAAUUGCAAAAAGAAGUAGCAAUAUAACAAAUAAUGAAAUAGAAAUGCAAUCAGCUAGAAACAUUAAGACAAGAACAAAAACGGAAAAACCAUAUCAACUUUACAGAAGAAAUGCUAAUUCAUUCUGGGCUGACGUACCACAUGAUGCAUCUAGAAUUAGAGCCAAAAAGGGUAAAGUCAAGUUCUACGCUGGCUUUACGAAAAAAACUUGCACUGAAAAUAUGAUUGGUAUAUGCCAAAAUAAAAGAAAGAUACAGAGAAGGAACUCGAAAAAAUCAAACGUUAAACAGCACCUAUUCAGUCAUAGUUACAAGUCACUGGAUCUGGAUGAAUUCAUCAGUUAUGUUGACAAAAUUAUCAAAGAAAUAAGCAGUUCCAAUUAUGCAGACAUACAAAAGGGUAUGAUACCUGUACAAAAGUGCAAUGAUGAUGAGAGGAAGUACACAUUAAACAGAAAACCACCACCACGUGUUAAUAGCCCAAAGCAAAAAACGGGUCAUUCUCAAGACAUUCCUGUUUGUGUAUUGUUGAAUGGAAAUCUAAAUGUACUUUGGUGUAAUCCCCAUUUUACGUCACUGUUGGAGCUAAAUGACAAAAUCAAAACGGAUUUGGGAAUACCAACAAGGCUACAGUUGUUAUUGUACAAUGGAAAAGUGUUGACUCCAAAAUGUCUGAUAAGUUUUAAGCCGUAUGAAAACAUUCAUUUACUCAUCAAAGGAAAAGGUGGAAUGCAGAGCUCCAACAAAGGCAUAUCAAAAGACAGUUCAGAAAAAGAUAUUGAGGAGUGGUUAAAGACAGAGGUUGGUUUGAAAGAUGAUCUUUUUACGGACUAUCCUAUUCUGACUGAUUUGAAUGGCACACUAUUAUUUCAUUAUGCUGAAAAUGGCGCUAACACCUUUUCGUCAGACGCCAAUAUCCCAAAAGGCAUUGCAAGAAAAAUUUUGGCUUUUAGAGAUGAAAGAUUUGAUGGAAUAGAUAAUGAUCUAUUAAAAAAAACACCGGAAGAAACAGCGAACUUUGUUCGAACAGCUCUUGGAACCAACAAUAAAAGAAUUGAAAGACUUUGUGAGGUUAUCGUUGAAAGGCAUAUAGACGGCUUUGUGUUUUACAGUUACAUGGAUGAGGAACAAUUUAAAAGUGACUUUGUUGAUUUAGAUAUCCCACUGCUCUAUUUCAAAAAAGUUAUUUUAAAGCGCAACAUGGAUUUUAAAAUUGAAUCUCAAAUUACUUCAUCUAUUACUGAAGAAAUGCAAACAACUGCACAUCAUAUAUCUUCCAAAACUAAUAAGGAAGACAAUGCUAUAUUAGAAAGUACGCCUAAUUCAAUACAACAUGCAAUUCAACCAUCACAUAGUAUUCAGUCGAAAGGAGAUCACUACCAAGAAUUUUUUUGUUCUUUACUGUUGCUGUACGACAAAGAAGAAGGCAUUUGUGAGCCAUGUCAGUUCAAAAUUCUGUACGGGGCAUGGACACAUGUGAAUGAAUUGGAAAAAAAGUUCGUUUUUUUCCUUGUAUGCCGAGAAGAUGAAUAUACAGAGAGCAAACUACUAACUAGUCUUUGGAAGCUAAUUAUAAAAAAAACGCAACAAUGGCUUGAUCUCCUUCAGGAGGAAAAGAGAAAAUUGUUCACUAAAAGUAAACAAUGCGGUAUUUAUACCUUCAAUGGUAAAACAAUACAUAUGUCCCAGCAAUGUAAAUUGGCAUUUGUUAUGGAAAAAAAAUGUGAGGAUAUGAAAAAAUUUGAUGUUCCUAUUAUCCUUAUUAGCAAAAACAUUUUUCGAAAUCGGAGACGUUGCUUCGUUGCGAGACUAUCAAGAAACUGUGAAGCUCCAGAACGGUUUUAUUUUUCUUUUAAACCAUCGGAAACAUGUUUUGUUUUUGACCCGGAUGAUUAUUCAAAGGGAUUUAAGCUAUAUGAAGAUCUUUCUCAAGAAGUAUUAUAUACACGGACUAAUGCUUUGGAUGUUACCGAAAACAACAAUGUUCAGGAAAAUAAUACCGAUAAAAAAGUUCCAGACAUAGGAACUAAUGAAUCUAGAGACAACUGUCCUUUCGAUGCUCAGAAGAAAACAGAAUAUGUCGAUGCCGAAGAGAUAAAUGAGAACAAAUAUCAUAUACAAAUUCCAAGAGAUUUUGAACAAAACUCUGAUUAUGUGAUAUAUCACUUGGGCACAAUUUUCUCUCAACCAGAAAAUGACGGUUCACUUUCCUUAAGAUGUUUCGAGUUCAAAUUUUUUAUCAAUUGUGUUAAUAAAGCAAAGGAGACCAGAUUUGCUAAAUUUCAAAAGGAAACUUUAAAAUUUGCUUGUGGAUGUCUCAAUGCAAGGAAAAAUGGAACCAUAUAUUUUGGUGUAGCAGACUCCAAAGAACCAGUAGACGGUGAAACAUAUAAACACGGAGAAAUUGUCGGAUUUGAAAUAAGUGAGAAUUAUUUAAGUAGCCGCUGCAUGUAUACUGAUGCACUCAAACAAGGAAUUUCAAAUUGUUUUGACAAUAAUACAAAACAUAUUGCACUCAAAUGCAUUUCCGAUCCGAGAUUUGUUCGAGUGUUUAUACCAGGAGAAAAGUUUUUUCGCUUUGUGAUGGAAGUGGAUAUAAAACCUUCUUUAUCACUUUGCAAAGGACGUCAUUUUGAGGUGAAUCUAAGCAAAAUUGAAAAUCUUAAAGACAGAUCUGUGAAAUCAAAAUUUGUGAUCUAUGUACGUAAAGGCUCCUCAACAAUUUCUCUUGCAAACGACAUUGAUAAAAAGCUAUUCAUCAAUGUAGAUUUACCAGACAUUGACAUCGAGAGAGAAACAUUUGAGGAACAUUUAAGAAGGUCUAGAUGUGAUAAUGUGAGGGAAAAUUUAGCUACCAAACUAAAACGUCUCCUUACAAAAGGGAGCUUUAGAUUUGAUGAUGGAUUCUGGCCAAUACUUCUUUUAGGGAAACCUAACGACGACCAAAAAAUUAAGGAAAAAUUGGGAGAAAGCUUGUCUUUCAUCAAGCGAAUGAAGUUUACUGCUGUAUUUGAUUUUGAUGAUUAUUCUGAUGAAAAUGGUUUUUGUUCGUUACAGAGAAACCCCGAGCGCACUACUAUAUGUACAGGAGAAUUGUUUCGGGUCAACGCUGGAAAUAUGCUAGAACUAGCAAAUGAAUUGGGUCUUCGCCAACAAUAUAAAACAGUAUGGAUUUUUGCAAACGGAAAACAUGACCCUGAUAAAACUAAACCGCAUUUGAAUCGAGUUGAUUGGCAUAGUUGUUAUUCAGCCGGAGUCGGUGAUGCUGUUUCUUUUUUCAGCCAAAAUUUUGCGAUUCCCAAAAAAAGAGAAGUUAUUUUAGUUUUACUGUUUUCUAAUGAUUUUUAUGGAAUUAUUGAUACAUUCAACGAAUUCACGAGGAAUUUUGGAUGGGACUCACUUGUUAUCAUUGCUGAAGAACAUCGACUAUUUCGUGAUUUUGUAGACACCAUAGAAAGAGAAGGAAAAGGUAGCAAAGAAAACCUAGAAAAAGUAUCAGUCAUAGGAAUGCCUUGGAAUCAUGUAAGUAGUACUGUGACUUCCUUACUGGGAUACGAUGAAAAGACUGGCUGCGUUUUACCGUGUUCGUCUGGGGUACUUAUGAAUGUGGAAGAGAAAUUCAUCAAUACUUUAACAGAUUUGAAGAUCCUAAGUGCUACGCAAUGCGAAAAUAAAGAAUUCUUGAAUAGUGAUAUCCGAAAACAAUUUUCCGAUGAUCAGGAAAAGGCGUUUUAUCAAGGUCAACGCGUUAGUUGGUGGAACUUUUUUUUUAAAAGUCAUGUCUGCUCAAGAGAAAUAUACGAUGAAAUACAAAAAAAAGCUUCUGGAUAUCUAAAUUACGCUAAAGAAGAAACUCGUAAAGUGGUUACACUAAGUAUUGCACAUGAACCAGGAGCAGGCGCCACGACUGUUGGUCAUCAACUUUUAUGGGACUUUAGAAAAGAUUACAGGUGUUGUGUAAUUGUAAAACUUUCGAAGGAGACAGUGUCGCAAAUAAUAUCACUUUUUAAAUAUAAUGAAGAUAAUUCGUCUGUAUUACGACCAAAUCCUCUUGUUCUCUUCUUAGAUGACAUUUCGCAAACUGAACUGUCAGUAUCGGAAUUCACUAGAGAACUGAAUAUUGAAUUUAGAAAAGAAAAUUUAAAUUAUGUUGACGGUAUGACUUGUCUACUUAUAAUUUGUCAAAGAGAAGAAAAUCUCAGUCGCGAACAAUUUGGAUCAGAAAAUAUAUUUUAUCUUAAACAAGAACUUAAAAAAGACGAGAAUGCCUGGUUUACUGACAAAUCUAAUGAGUUGGACAAAAAAGGAGAGGACAUAGAGGAUUAUAAGCCCAAACAUUUGAUAUCAUUCAUGAUAUUGCGAUCAGGUUUUAACAUGGACUCUAUGAAAAGCACUAUUAAGAUUUUAAUUUCGAAUAUUGAAAAAAAUCCCGAUGAGUACAAGCUACUUACGUAUGUUUCGUUUCUCGCUACUUACACGCCAUGUCAAACGAGAGGAAUGAAGGUUUUUGUUCCCCUUGAAUGUUGUGAUAACCUAAUGGAAGUGUCUCCUCCCUGGGAAAAUCGUUUGUCCAACGAAAUGAAAAUAUUGCUGAUUAUCGAAAAAAGCGAUUUGAAUGGUGGUCCAAAAGUUAGAAUAGCUCAUCCUCUUCUUGGAGAAAAAAUUUUGUACGAAAUCAUGAGUAAGGAAAACGUUGAAUUGUUUGACAUUGCUAAAGAAUACCUAAGUUGUUCAUUAUUAGACCGUUCCUCGCUAGGAUAUAAACGUCUUAAAGAAUGUACGACAAAUAUGUUAAUACAGCGAAAAAAAAAUGAAUACAGUGUUCUCAAAUUAGGAAUGUUUAGUCCGCUAAUUGAGGAAAUUAUAGGAGAUUUAAAUUUGUAUGGAAGGGCUGCUGAAAUACUGAAACUUGGAUUUGAGAAAUUUCAAGAUCCAUUAAUAGCACAAGCUCUAGCUCGUCUUUAUUCAGAUUGUCAGAAUUACGCAGAAGCUAUCAAAUGGGCCAAAGAUGCAGUGGAUCUUUCAUUUCAGCAGCAGUCGGCACCAUAUACACUUCAUACAUAUGGCGUUGUCUUACGCGACAACUUUAAACAUUUAACAAAAAAAAGGACUUUUUGCCCCCAAAAUAUACAUGGAUAUUUAGAUUUGAUUUUUAAGUCCUUAGAAGCUUUUUUUGAAGCCAAGAAUAAACAAGACGAUAUAACAGACACACAGAAAUUGCUCAGUUUAAUGGAAAUAAUUGUUAAUAUCAAUCAUAUUACAUUAUUUUUGCGAGAUAAUGUCACUUACAAUACUGACAAAGAAGAUAUUAUUCGAUACCUUAAAGACCCUCACUUUAUUCCCGAGGAGAUAUGUGAAAUAUGGAGCAGAUUUCACGAAAAAUUAAAAAGAUUGGGAAAAGAAGCUAAAGAUGCAUUUAAAAUCUUGGAGAAUAAUGUUUGUUUUUAUUCAAUUUUUUCGGACGAGGUUCUACAAAGUUCCUCCCAGCCAAAGGGAGAUGAAAUAUUUUACCGACGAUUUCCUAAUCGAUAUAAAUAUAUUCAUGAAAAUUUUUCCGGAAUAUAUGGCGAAAGUAGUUUAACAGUGAAUGGCGGAGAUCAAGAAGAACAGGAUUCAUUUCAUAGAGGAAGGUUAUGGACUUUGAAAGGGAAUUCCUACAUGAAUAUUUUUAAUCACAUUAAAAACACUAAAGGUAGAGCGACAAUCGAUGUACUGUGUGAAAUAAAACUCCAUCUUGAUCAGAUAAAGUCAAAAAAUUCGAAUGAUUUAGCAAAUGAAAUCUGUGUGAACGUUGCGCUUGGUAUUGUAGGAUAUUCAAAACGAGAUUCCGAGAGCAAUAUGUUAAGAACAUGUCAACGAAUAAUCGAUUUACGUGAUGAAAAUGAUGAUUUAGCACACUUUUUUAAGAGCAUGUUAUUAUGGACAGAUAACACUAUGUCACCACAAAGAAGGCAUUCAAGUUUAGAGAUAUCUUUUUCUCAUUUGAAACAAAAAUUUAAAAAGAGAAAAUACAAAAAAAAUGUGCAAAAAAACGAGAGUAAAUUUUCUCAACCUAGAACGCAGUUUUUUCUCGGAAAGGGUCGGGGCAUACCUUCUCUCUGCCAUACUUAUCAGAUACCAAUGUUUGGUAAAAAAGGCGCUAACUCUCAGUUUGAUAAUUCUCUAUGGGAAGAAGACACGACAAAAGAUAGAUUAAGACGUCUAUAUGGAACCAUAGAAAUUAGCGAAGAUGGCAAAAGAACAAUUGUUUAUUGCAUAUGGGACAACAAAGACAGUGACUGCAUAAAAAUUAGUAAUAUCAGAGGGUUAACUUCUCGGUUUUUGUCAAAAGAAAGAGUAUCAUUUUAUUUGGGAUUUAGCAUUGCAGGCCCAAUUGCAUACAAUACCAAGUCAGCACAAGAUGAAAGUGUACACCAAGGAAUGUGCAGUCACCAUGGAUUAACCUCCAAAGUAGAACUCUAUUUAAAAGAAACUGAAGAAGAACUCGAACAUCAUCUCAAGAUCAUUAAAAAAUUAGAAACAAAAAGCCCACACCUUCUCAAGGAAAGAGAGAAGCAACUGUUGAAGGACAAAGAUGAUAUUAUUGAAGCUUUAGAGGAACUUCAAAUUAAAAAUGAUAAUGCUGACUUUUCGGAUCUUUUUUAAUAGAACUCAUUUCCUCUUGGGACUGUAAUCUUCUGCUCUUCUGCCUGAGAAUUAACUAGGAAUACUAAGAACAUUGUAACAAGAUAGCUUUGCUAAGACAUAUUUAAGUCCAGAUUUAUAACUUUGUUGUGAUGAACAAUAAUAUGUUAAAUAAACAUAACUUAUUGUCAAAUCAAAACCUAACCAUCAAACAUAAACAUUGCACGCACGCACACACACAUAUAUCCCAUGAACUAACAACUAUGUAGUUUCAAUUUUUAAUGUUUAUCAUCAAAUUCAAGGUGGCUAUCUUAGUAACCACUCUGUAACAAACAUGAAAUUUAUCUUGUGAUAUUUUGUUCAUCCUAUAAAUUACUGUGAAUUUUAACAUGAGUCUGUUAUCGCUUGAAAUUAACAAUUCAUGUCGAUGUAGUAAGUCUUUAGAUGAGUAUUUCCAAUUUCAAAUCAGAGACCUAGCGACUAAAUAUGCAUCAAUUGAAUAGACCUGCAUGUAUAAGUGCCACGAUCUUGAACGCAACCUUGUCUCUAAGUUGGAUGUAAAAACUAUGAUGUUAUGAUUUUUUAAAGAGUUGGUUUUCAAAGUUUUAUACUUAUAAUUGCUUUUGUGCCAUUUCUUUGAUAUUUAUACCCGCACUUUUUAAAGAAAGUUCGGGUAUAUUGUUGUUACUCUGUUCCGUCCGUACGUCCG